CUCUCUCUCUCUCUCUCUCUCUCUCUCUCUCUCUGCGUCUGCGUUAGGAAGUGAUAUGGAGAAGAAAAAAAAACCACAAGCUGUGUCAUUCAGUCUGUCAGCUUUCUGAGGAAAAACGUGUUGCACAUUGAAGUCAAGCGCAUCCACUCCACUGUGCGCGCAUGACUUUUUGUUUUUGGCUCGAGCCUUGGCGUGAUCUUACUGCAUUUUGUUUGAUCAAGCAACCCAGUUGUAAAAUGUGGACGAUUCCGAAGCCAAGAUACAGAAGCGGUUCGUGUGGUGACGGUGAGCCCGAGAUCACUGUGAACAUCGGCGGGGUCCGAGUGGUGCUUUUCGGGGACGUUUUGAAUCGUUACCCGGAGAGCAGACUGGCCGAGUUGGUGAACUGCUCAGCCGCGCCGAAUGACGAACUUAUGUCGUCUCUUUGUGACGACUUCGACCCCGGCCGAAAGGAGUUUUAUUUCGACCGAGAUCCAGAUGCGUUCAGGUGCAUCAUCGAUGUGUAUUACUUCGACGAAAUCCACAUUAAACGCGGCAUUUGCCCCAUUUGUUUCAUCAAGGAGAUGGAGUUCUGGAAAAUAGAGCAAAGUGCUUUAGAUGAGUGCUGCAAAAGUGACUUGAGCGAGAAGGAGGGGGAGCUGCGGGAGAUCGCGAGCAAAGUGAAGGUAAUUUUGGAGGACAUGGCAGAGGACCAGAGUGCAACGGGCACUCAGAGGUGCCAACGCUUCUUGUGGAGGCUCAUGGAGAAACCUGGUUCCUCCUUCCCCGCGCGCCUCGUCGCCAUCGCGUCCUUCCUCUCCGUCCUGGUCUCGGCGGUGGUGAUGUGCGUGGGAACCGUCCCAGAAUUGCAGGUAACAGACGCCGAGGGGGAGCCGGUGGAGCACCCGACUUUGGAGGCCAUUGAAACGGCGUGCAUGCUGUGGUUCACCGCGGAGUACCUGCUGCGCCUCGCUGCCUCGCCCAACAAGUUACACUUUGCGUUCUCCUUCAUGAACAUCGUGGACUUCAUGGCUAUUAUGCCUUUCUACGUGGUCCUCGGUCUAACCUACCUCGGCACCACCUCCGUGAUGGAACUGGGCAACGUUCAGCAGGCGGUCCAGGCGCUGCGCAUCAUGCGCAUCGCGCGCGUUUUCAAGUUGGCACGCCACUCGUCGGGACUGCAGACUCUCACGUACGCGCUGAAGAGGAGCCUCAAGGAGCUAGGGCUGCUCCUCAUGUACAUGGGCGUGGGCAUCUUCGUGUUCUCCGCUCUGGGCUACACCAUGGAGCAAAGUCACCCUGAGACUCUGUUCAAGAGCAUUCCACAAUCCUUCUGGUGGGCCAUCAUCACCAUGACGACGGUGGGAUACGGAGACAUCUACCCCAAAACCACACUGGGCAAGUGCAACGCGGCUUUGAGCUUCCUGUGUGGGGUCAUAGCCAUCGCCUUACCCAUACACCCCAUCAUUAAUAACUUUGUGGUGUUCUACAACAAACAGCAAGUGUUGGAGACUGCAGCCAAGCAUGAGGUGGAGCUGAUGGAGCUUAAGUCUGCUGGGGAUGCGCACAGAAAAGACAGCGACAAAGAUGACACCUAGAAUGAAUAGCAUUUCAGACUUCAGUGUAAAACAACAACGACAUAUGGAAAUGUUAAAGCUGUGGUCCAGGGGCCACCUGCGGUUUUGCGGUCCGCGGCAUAUACUAAAAUUGUUGUGUAAGCCUAAAUUGUGCUUGUUACUUCGUACGCUGGGUGGGAAGUUUGUUUCAUCUCUUGCUUCCUUGUAUUUACAACCAAAAUCGUAACAACAUUUCUUUUCGUAAAACUCAGAUGACUAAAGAUAAUUCAGUUACAGCAGCAAAUAGCGUGAAUCGCCAUUCUUUGCAUCGCUUUCAGUUCCAUGUCAAUGUCAGUUUAGGACUGAAUGGUAUUGUUUUGGUUCUGAAUGCGGAGGUGGAAUUCUGCUGCUGCUCAGUGCAGGGGCAGAUUUGCUCUCCUAGGGUACAGGGCCACUGGCCACCCCAAAGUCCUGAAAAAUCCUUGACUUGUUGCUUUAUCACUCAACUGUUUUUUUUCCUUCAAUGUCGAUAUGGAGAUUAAAAAACAUAAAUGGGUUGACAUUUCUUCACAUACAUGCUUGUAUCUCUUUUGAUGUGUUAAAUAAA